GCCUUUCCGACAGGGUAAUGUGCCUCUGUGACAUUAAAGAGGAAACUCUGCGAAGGGGAGGGAUGACAACAAAUUUAUCCACCAAUAGCACACUCUUUUGGCACAAAAGCACAUUCUUAUCUUUACAUCCCAUAAUGAGAAGGCAGGGACGGGACUGUUGCUACAGCUCUCUGGGUGGGUAGAUGUGGAGUGCAAGAGAAGGGUGCCUGUAAACUGUCAGAUAUUUUUCCCCCCUUGCCUUUGGAAAGAGAAGGACCCGCGUUCGUGGUCCUGCAGUGGUUUUCCUGAGCCCCCGGUGAGGAGGACUUCUCGCACGAUGUCAGACUGCGAGGGACUGCCUGUGGAUGACAGUGCCUCUGCUGCCAGCAGUAUGGAGGUCACAGACCGCAUUGCCUCUCUGGAGCAGCGUGUCCAGAUGCAGGAAGAUGACAUCCAGCUGCUCAAAUCUGCCCUUGCUGAUGUGGUCCGACGCUUGAAUAUUACAGAGGAGCAGCAGGCCAUGCAGAACAAGAAAGGACCUACCAAAGCAAGACCACUGGUACAAACCCUGCCUUUAAGGACUACAGUUAACAAUGGAACUGUAUUACCAAAGAAACCAAGUGGCUCUUUACCUUCUCCAUCAGGAACCAGAAAGGAGACUGUAUCACCAGCAGCAAAAAGGUCUGUGAAUCUUCUCAAUGCAUGCAAACUGAAAAAGCCUGCUCUAAGCACCAUUAAGAGAACCAGUUCAGCUGAGCGUGUGUCCCCAGGAGGUCGGAGGGAAAGCUAUGGAGAUUCCAAAGGGAGUCGCAACCGCACUGGUUCCACCAGCAGUUCAUCUAGUGGUAAAAAGAACAGUGAAAGCAAACCCAAGGAACCAAUGUUCAGUGCAGGGAAGCGCCGUGUGACGCACUGCAAAGAGGAAGGAUACGUAAAAAUGUUUCUUCGUGGACGUCCUGUUACCAUGUACAUGCCCAAAGAGCAAGUGGAAUCUUACAAUUUGGAAGCAAAAGUAGAACUACCAGCCAAGAGGCUUAAACUGGAAUGGGUCUAUGGCUAUAGGGGCCGGGACUGCCGCAGCAAUCUCUAUCUCCUGCCGACGGGCGAGACCGUGUACUUCAUCGCCUCUGUGGUUGUGCUGUUCAACGUCGAAGAGCAGCUUCAGAGACAUUACACUGGUCAUAAUGAUGAUGUGAAGUGCCUGGCUGUUCAUCCUGAUAGGAUCACUAUAGCAACAGGUCAAGUUGCAGGGACAUCCAAGGAUGGGAAACAAUUGCCACCACACGUGCGUGUCUGGGAUUCUGUAACUCUGAACACACUUCAUGUCAUUGGAAUGGGGUUUUUUGACCGAGCUGUCACUUGUAUUGCUUUUUCUAAAUCUAAUGGAGGAAGUAGCCUGUGCUCUGUGGAUGACUCCAAUGACCAUGUGCUUUCAGUGUGGGACUGGCAGAAAGAAGAAAAGCUGGCAGAUGUCAAGUGCUCUAAUGAGGCUGUAUUUGCUGCAGAUUUUCACCCUACUGAUACAAAUAUAAUAGUUACUUGUGGAAAAUCACACCUUUAUUUUUGGACACUAGAAGGGAAUUCCCUCAUUAAAAAGCAAGGAUUAUUUGAGAAACAAGAGAAGCCAAAGUUUGUCCUGUGUGUGACCUUUUCUGAAAAUGGUGAUACUAUUACAGGAGACUCAAGUGGAAACAUUUUGGUUUGGGGGAAAGGUACCAACAGAAUAAGCCACGCAAUUCAAGGAGCACACGAGGGUGGAAUAUUUGCACUGUGUAUGCUGCGAGAUGGCACGUUGGUAUCAGGAGGUGGAAAAGACCGAAAGCUGAUAUCUUGGAAUGGAAACUACCAAAAAAUUCACAAAACUGAGAUUCCAGAGCAGUUUGGUCCAAUAAGAACAGUUGCAGAGGGAAAAGGGGACGUUGUAUUAAUAGGAACCACCAGAAACUUCGUCCUACAGGGCACGCUGUCAGGAGACUUUUUCCCAAUUACCCAGGGCCACACCGAUGAGCUUUGGGGACUUGCAGUCCAUUCCUCUAAGCCUCAGUUCUUCACAUGUGGACAUGACAAACACAUUACACUCUGGGAUGCAACCACUCACCAUCCCAUCUGGAACAAGAUUAUAGAGGAUCCAGCACAGUCUUCAGGUUUUCAUCCUUCAGCAUCUGUUGUUGCAGUAGGGACACUAACUGGAAGGUGGUUUGUGUUUGACACAGAAACAAAAGACUUGGUCACUGUACACACAGAUGGAAACGAACAGCUGUCUGUAAUGCGUUACUCACCAGAUGGAAACUUCUUGGCAAUCGGUUCCCAUGACAACUGUAUUUAUAUAUAUGGUGUAAGUGAAAAUGGAAGAAAGUACACUAGAAUUGGCAAAUGUUCAGGUCAUUCCAGCUUCAUUACUCAUCUGGAUUGGUCUGUUAAUUCACAAUAUCUCGUGUCUAAUUCAGGAGACUAUGAAAUCUUAUACUGGAUCCCCUCUGCUUGUAAACAAGUUGUGAGUGUUGAAACAACUAGGGAUAUAGAAUGGGCCACUUAUACCUGUACUUUAGGAUUCCAUGUUUUUGGUGUAUGGCCUGAAGGUUCAGAUGGCACAGAUAUCAACGCUGUCUGUCGAUCCCAUGGGAGAAAACUGCUAUCAACAGGAGAUGACUUUGGCAAAGUACAUCUCUUCUCAUAUCCAUGCUCACAGUUUAGGGCUCCAAGCCAUGUGUACGGUGGACACAGUAGUCAUGUAACUAAUGUAGAUUUUCUCUGUGAAGACACCCACCUCAUCUCCACAGGAGGAAAGGACACAAGUAUUAUGCAGUGGCGAGUCAUUUAAAGGAAACAUCAGCAUGAACAUACACAGUUGAGUCGACCAUGCACAGAACUUAUGUAUAAACUGUAUAUUUAAAACUUAACAGUAUGUUUGCAGUUUAGCCUGGUCACUGUGAUUUUUGUUUAAAAAAUUCUUACAAACCUCAGGAAAAUUAAGCCCUGUGCUGGUUACCUUACUCAGUCUAGUAUUUUUUUUUUCAUUGUGUCACACCUUAAGGUUGUUCGUUCUCUGUUGUACAAUAUAUGAUGCAGUACAAGUUUAAUAUAAAAAAUGUGGCUUGACAGUUUGCAAUACAGUGGUAUCAGCAGAAUGUGACUAUAUUAAAUGUUUUCUAUAAACACUGCUAAACUGGUCACAAAAAUGCCUUUCAAAGACUGUAUAUAUGUGCUUAUUCGUUUCACUAUCUACACUUUGUACUAUAUAUCUACUUAUAUAGAAAAAUCUAUGACAAUGUCAAGGUACUGAACUGUUUCUGCUGGAGGCUGAUGAAUAGAUACAAAAAGUAUAAACUGCCAUGUAAGAUGCAAAAAUUAGUGUUCUAGACCUGAAAAUGUGAAUGCUGGUAAAUUUGCAUUCUCUUGGUAACAGCACACCGUGGGUGUCACCCAUGAGGAGUUGUGUGAUUUUCCAAUGAAUCAGCAGGCUUUGUCCCAGUUUGACCUGAAUUUCUCCGCAGGGCUUACAGAUGUCUGUGUGGUUCAGGUAGUCCAUAUGAGUUUAAAUUAAAAAUCUUUUUACUUGUAUAUGAAAAAUUUCUUUUUGAAAACUUGGCCACAUCCCCAUUAUUGGCUCAUAUAUUUAACUAAUAUGUAUAUUAAUCAGCAUGAUGCUAUAUUGUACAUGUAUAAGAUUUUAGCAGUUCAUAACAAAUGGUAAGGCCAUCUAGCUUUACUUUUUUAUGCUUAUGGAUACUGUAUAUUUGUAUUUUAAGACCAAGUAGACCAAGUCUAAAGAUAUCUUUUUAAGUGUACCAUAAACCUGCAGAGGGUAAAGGAAGACUUGGAAGCCUACAUGAAAUAUUAAUGUGUAACUUCUGGCCCCUGUGUUUUGUGCAUGGAUGGGUAUUUAUAGUAUGAAAUAAGAUUGUGUUUUGCAAUGAAGUAACAGUGGAGGUGGUAUAAAAUGGUUAAGAAGGCCUUAUCAAUGUUGAUUGUGACACAGAUUGAAAUGUAUUGUUUACUAUAAGGAAUGUAUCUGAAGAAUUUUAAAAGAAGAGUUCUAAGUGGACUCGAAAAAGGUAAUAUUAAAAUUUUGCUUGAAAUGGACAGUAAAUGUUAAUUCUCUGAACUCUAAAGCACUGGUUGUUUAGAGUGAUUUAAAUGAAAUUGAAUCAAUAAAUUUUGAAACUUUUUUAUUACAUCUCCAACCUCCUACACUGAAAGUGCAGGACACCAAUAAACAUGUAUUAAAGUGAA